AUGGGGCCGCGCCCCGCCGCGCUGGCGCUGCUCGCUCUGGCGGCCGCCGCCGCCUCCGCGCUGCCGCUGCCGCUGCCUGACGCCGGCCCGCACCUCAACUACGGCUGGGGAGAGCCCAUCCGGCUGCGGCACCUCUACACCGCCAGCAAGCACGGGCUCUUCAGCUGCUUCCUGCGCAUCGGCGCCGACGGCCGAGUGGACGCUGCCGGCAGCCAGAGCCCGCAGAGUCUGCUGGAGAUCCGCGCCGUGGCCGUGCGCACCGUGGCCAUCAAGGGCGUGCAGAGUUCGCGGUACCUGUGCAUGGAUGAGGCGGGGCGGCUGCGCGGGCAGCUCAGGUAUUCCACUGAAGACUGUUCAUUUGAGGAGGAGAUUCGCCCGGACGGCUACAACGUGUAUAAAUCAAAAAAACAUGGAAUAUCAGUGUCCUUGAGCAGUGCCAARCAAAGACAGCAGUUCAAAGGGAAAGAUUUUCUUCCCCUGUCUCACUUCUUGCCCAUGAUCAACACAGUGCCCGUGGAGUCAGCAGACUUUGGGGAAUAUGGUGAUUACAGCCAGGCCUUUGAGCCAGAGGYGUUCUCCUCACCCCUGGAGACGGACAGCAUGGAUCCCUUUGGCAUCACCUCCAAACUGGCCCCAGUGAAGAGCCCCAGCUUCCAGAAGUGACUGUGCUCACACAGGCGUUUUCACAGGAAUAUUGCAGAGUACUGCAGGGCUUUUAGCUCUUCGUGUAGUGCUAUUUGAGAACCUUUUUGUAUAUUUGAGCAUGGAGCCAGCC